CGAGGACCUUGCGCCGAGGCUUUCCCACGUGAACGUCUGAGUGUGGUGAUGUACUGUAAAUGAGCCACUAAUAGAUUAAGCAAAAAGAGGUUUAAAGAAAUAAACCAUUGUUUUUCUGGUACAGAAGUUAAGUGUGCACUUUUGAAACUAUGGCGACUGUUCGGAAGAAGGUGGACAAUCGCAUUCGUGUCCAGAUAGAAAACGGUGUGGCACUACAGCAUCGGUCUAUGUUUGUUAUAGUUGGUGAUCGUGGUAGAGAUCAGGUUGUCAUUCUGCACCACAUGCUCUCUAAAGCUACAGUUCGAGCUCGGCCGUCAGUCUUGUGGUGUUACAAGAAGGAGCUCAGCUUUAGCAGUAAUCGUAAGAAAAGGAUGCGACAGCUGCAGAAGAAGAUCAAAACUGGCACACUGAACCUGAAACAGGAUGAUCCCUUCGAGCUCUUUGUUGCCGCCACCAACAUCCGCUACUGUUACUACAAUGAAACCCACAAGAUCCUGGGAAACACAUAUGGCAUGUGUGUCUUACAGGACUUUGAAGCUCUCAAUCCCAAUCUCCUGGCUCGAACCAUUGAGACUGUGGAAGGUGGAGGCAUUGUUGUCAUUCUUCUGAGGAGUGUAAACUCAUUGAAACAGUUGUAUACAAUGUCAAUGGAUGUUCAUUCUCGAUACAGGACAGAGGCUCACCAGGAUGUUGUCGGAAGAUUUAAUGAAAGAUUCAUCCUUUCUCUCGCCUCUUGUAAGACGUGUGUUGUCAUUGAUGACCAACUUAACAUUCUGCCAAUCUCCAGUCACAACACCAACAUCAAACCAGUCCCUCCUAAAACACAGGACGAUGGACUCUCUCCACGGGAACAAGAACUUAAGGAACUUAAGGAAUCUUUACACGACACACAGCCAGUCGGUGUUCUAGUGGACAGCUGCAAAACUAUGGACCAGGCCAAAGCAGUGCUAAAGUUCAUCGAGGCUAUUUCUGAGAAGACCUUGCGUAGUACUGUUGCUCUGACUGCUGCCCGUGGUCGAGGAAAAUCUGCUGCGCUGGGAUUGGCUAUAGCCGGAGCGGUUGCAUUUGGCUAUUCAAAUAUUUUUGUAACAUCACCCAGUCCAGACAAUCUGCACACACUGUUUGAGUUCAUUUUUAAAGGUUUUGACGCACUUCAAUAUCAGGAACAUCUGGACUAUGAAAUAAUUCAGUCUUUGAAUCCAGAGUUCAACAAAGCUGUGGUCCGUGUAAACAUCUUCAAGGAACAUCGACAGACCAUUCAGUACAUUCACCCUGCUGAUGCGAUGAAGUUGGGACAGGCCGAGCUGCUGGUCAUUGAUGAGGCUGCUGCUAUCCCUUUGCCCUUAGUAAAGAACUUACUGGGGCCUUACCUUGUGUUUAUGGCAUCUACAAUCAAUGGUUAUGAGGGCACAGGUCGCUCUCUGUCUCUGAAACUUAUUCAGCAGUUGAGACAACAAAGUGCAGACAGCCAGCAGAACCUCUCAGCAGAGAACAGAAACACAAGCACAGCCAGACUUGCUGCAGCACGAACUCUUCAUGAGGUGUCCCUCCAUGAGUCUAUCCGCUAUGGCACUGGAGACCAUGUGGAAAAAUGGCUGAAUGAACUGCUGUGUUUGGAUUGCCUGAGUGUCCCACGCAUCAUUUCUGGCUGCCCUUUGCCCCAGACAUGUGAACUUUACUAUGUGAAUCGAGACACCUUGUUCUGUUAUCAUAAAGCUUCUGAGGCUUUCCUUCAGCGUCUUAUGGCACUCUACGUAGCAUCACACUAUAAGAACUCACCCAAUGACCUUCAGAUGCUCUCGGACGCACCAGCUCACCAUCUCUUCUGUCUGCUCCCUCCUGUCCCACCCACACAGAAUGCUCUACCAGAAGUCCUAGCAGUUGUGCAGGUGUGUCUGGAAGGAGAGAUCUCACGGCAGUCCAUUCUCAACAGCUUGUCCAGAGGAAGGAAAGCUGCAGGUGACCUCAUUCCAUGGACAGUGUCAGAACAGUUUCAAGACUCCGAGUUUGGAGGCCUUUCUGGGGCCAGGAUUGUCCGUAUCGCAGUGAACCCAGACUAUCAGGGGAUGGGUUACGGCAGCCGCGCGUUGCAACUGUUGCAGCGAUACUAUGAGGGUCAGUUUCCUCUUCUGGAUGAGACCGAACAGACGACCGCCAACACCAUAACAUCUUUGAGCAGUGAGGCUGUCAGUCUUUUGGAGGAGGUAGUGACACCCAGGAAAGACCUGCCACCACUGUUGUUGAAGCUGAAUGAGAGAAGAGCAGAGAGACUGGACUACCUGGGGGUGUCGUAUGGUCUCACACCUCAACUUCUCAAAUUCUGGAAGAAGGCUGGAUUCAUUCCAGUUUAUUUAAGACAGACUCAGAAUGACCUGACGGGGGAGCACUCGUGUAUUAUGCUGAAGGAGCUCAAUGCUGAGGAUUCAGUAGAUAGUGGCCAGUGGCUGUCUGCUUUUUGGAAGGAUUUCCGACGGAGGUUUCUCUCCCUGCUGUCUUUCCAAUUCAGCAAAUUCAGCCCAACACUGGCCCUCAACAUAUUACAGAACAAGAACGCCAAAGACGACAGCGCAUCAGUGCUCACCAGUGCAGAGCUGACUGCCCAGUUUACCCCUUAUGACUUGAAGCGUUUGGAGAUGUAUUCAAGAAACAUGGUGGACUAUCACCUCAUGAUGGAUAUGAUGCCUGCUAUUGCGCGCAUGUAUUUCCUCAAACAAAUGGGAGGCGUCAUGCUUUCAGUUGCACAGUGUGCUCUGCUGUUGGGAGUUGGACUCCAACACAAGCGUGUCGAUGACCUGGAAAAGGAGAUUGAGUUGCCCAGUUCUCAGCUCAUGGGCCUGUUCAACCGUGUCAUUCGCAAAAUUGUGCAGUUCUUCAACACUCUUCAGGAGAAGGCAAUUGAGGCAGAGAUGGUGGCCACCAAGGACAUAAGCAUGGAACCAACUGUGCAGACACUUGGUGAAGAUCUGAAUGAGGCUGCCAAAGAGUUCCAAGAGAAACACAAAAAGGAUAUGGAGAAGAUUAAAGAAAUAGAUCUAUCACAGUACAUGAUCCGAGGAGAUGAUGAGGAAUGGGACCAAGUGUUGAAAAAAGCAGGACAAACAGCUAUUGUUAGUAUAAAAAGUGACAAAAAGAGAAAACUGGAAGGAACAAACCAGAAGGAACCACUGCAUGACAAGAAGACGAAAAACCAUAAAGACAAACGAAGCAAAUUUGGAAAGAAAACAAAACGUGGACUCUAAAUGUCUUUUUAUGUGUUUUAUAUUGUGUAAGACCGGCCGGUAAAAUUGAUGGCUCCGGUGUGCAGGUCAUUUGUUUUUGUUCAUUAUUUGAGGCUUAAGAGCCUUAAGGAUCACCACAAGCAAACAAAAUAAAGUUGCAUAUUGUUUUGUUUUUGUAAUUAUAAAUCUGAUACUUUUUAAAAGGUUUUGCAAUAUU